AUGGAGAGUUCUGAUUCUGCAUGCCAGGUUCUAGCUCAUCAGGCAGAUAAGACAAAGGUUCCCAGUCUCGCGGGGCCAGGGGGGGCUCGCCCACGCUCUGUCUCAGGUCUCUCUGCUCUUCUGAGGGUCAGGCUGCUCCCAGGGGUCACAGAGGGGCCCGAGCCCAGCCCUGGACGCCUGUCCCGCGAGCCCACCAGCCCGCAGCGGUGGCGGACGGCGCUGACUCCGCGCUCGCAGCCCCAGGGACUGAAGACGCCGGGUCUGGGUGACCGAGGGCUGGGAAGGGAGUGCGGCCAGGCAGGCCUGUUGCUCACCGCGCCGCGGCGCCGCGGGCUCCCAGGGCUGGGCUGGUCAGGGACAAGCAGGAUGUUAGGAUGCUGUCAAACUCGGAAACAGCCAGCAGCUGUCAGUUUUAUGAGCUCCAGUUUGGAAUGCUGCCUCUCUGAGAAUGGAGAUGCCCAGAGUGGGACCGUUUGGGCCAUCUCCCUUAUCAUUAAAGAAAGCUCAAGCAGCAUUCCCCAGGGAGCGGGUGGCAGAGAGGGAAGAAGCCCUGCAGAUGAGAUCGGGCACAUUCAGGGUGGUAUGGCCAUAGACAAGAAACCCUGCAGGAUCCUAAACUGGUGGCUAAAUCAGCCUGCACCUCUCCCAGCCAUGCCACUGGAGCUCUGUGCUCUUGGCCUGUGCCCUCCCAGGCGGCCUCCCCGUGGCUGUAGAGCCCUUGCAGAGACCAUGAACCUGGAGGCAACAGGGGUGGGGACACAGAGUCCCGGCCACUCCUCACCGCGGAGAGGCAGACGAGAGAGCCCCGCGAUUUCCCCUGGCGGGCCCACGUCCUUCCCGGGCAGGUCACCCCGGAGUCCCCGACAGCGAUUCGCACCCGGGUCCUUCCCACUCCCGCACUGUGCUGUCUCCAGCCCCCGCCCCAGGCGCACCGCGUUCUCGGCUCCUCCCUCAGGCGCUUUCCCCAGCGAGCGAGAGAGCGACCCGGCGCUCUGUCCCUCCCCAGCCAUGCUCCGCCGCGCGCUCCUUCUCCUCCUGCCGCUGAUGCUGGUCCAGUGGGGCAGCGCCGGCGGCCCCGGGGCUGGUGGAAGAGAGUGCAACGUGACGCAGCAAGCUGCGUGUGGGGACAGAUGCAUCCCUGUGGCCUGGCUCUGCGACGGUGAGCAAGAGUGCCCUGAUGGGACCGACGAGCAGUGUGAGGAACCGUGUGGGGGACACUUGCAAGCCUGGCAGUGUGACGAUGGGACAUGUAUUGCCAUCAGCUGGCUUUGUGAUGGCGCCAGUGACUGCUUAGAUGGCUCCGAUGAGGUUAACUGUGAGGGAAUGACAGCAUGUCCAGACCAAAAGGUCCAGUGUCCAGGGACAUCUCGGUGCCUGGAUGCUUGGGAACUCUGUGAUGUCUAUCAGGACUGUGAAGACGCGUUCAGCAAUGCACAUUGUCCCCAGAGCCACUGUCUAGCUGGGCAGUGGCAGUGCCAGAACAAGCUGUGUGUCAUGGACAGCUGGAAGUGUGAUGGUAUCAACCACUGUGGUGACUCCUCGGAUGAGGAAGGCUGUGCUCUCUGUCCAGAAGGCACAGUUAGAUGUGAUGAAGGGAAGUGUGUUCGAGAAUCUUCGAUGUGUGAUGGGGAGGCAGACUGUGCAGAUGGUACCGAUGAACCCACCACAUGUGGCAAAAAUUGCUCUGUGGUAAAUGCAGGUUGUGAGGGGCUGUGCAGAGACACCACCUGGGGUGCCCAGUGCUCCUGUGGGUCAGGGUGGCAGCUGCAGCCUGAUGGGAGGAGCUGUGCAGAUGUAGAUGAGUGCUCCAUGGCGUAUGGCCCUUGUGACCAACUCUGUCAUAAUACACCUGGCUCUUACUCCUGUGACUGUGUGCAAGGCUACAAGCUUCACAAUGGCAGCAAAUGUGGCGUUACAGUACCUUUAGUUCAAGGGAAAUGUGUGAAGGAAAGCUUCCAAGCAAUAUGUCAGUCUUUUCUUUUUAUUGCAGAUGGUGAUGUUAAAAUUCUUAUAGCAGCAGAUCAGGCUCUUGGUGUCCUGGAUCAAAGAACAGGCAUCUAUGAGAGUCUGAUACCCAUACGAACAAGACCCAGUUCUGUGGCGUAUGACCUGGAAAGAAGCAUGUACUUCUGGGUGGAUAAGACCCUAAAUGUAUUUGUCUCUGGGAAGCCAAACUCUGUUCUCCUCUAUCCAGAACUUACAACAGUGAAUAGUAUCUCUUUGGACUGGUCCACGGGACAGUUAUACUGGGCUAGCAGAAUUGCAAGGACCAUCUGUGCUGGCUUAAGUGAUGGGAGAGGCUACAUCAAAAUCUUGGAAAAGAAUGUUGUGCCAGAGCAGUUAGUAGUGUUUCCUGCAAAGAAGUAUCUGUAUUGGGUAAAUGGAGGUGAGGAGGGCAGAAGGACAAUUGAAACUGCAGGGAUGGAUGGCUCUGACAGGAAGAUGCUUGAGGUGGUAACCACCCAGCAGCCUUUAGGACUAACACUGGACCACGUGACUGGCAGGCUCUACUGGAUAAGUGGAUAUAAGCAGUCCAUAGAGACAGUGAAAGUGGAUGGCAGCGGGAGGUACAGCUUUCCAAAGAACUUAGAAGAUGAAGAUCCAGUAGGACUAGCUGUGUUUGAGAACUCGUUCUUCUGGGCAAGUAAAACACAGCUGUUUCACACCUCACUCUACAGCCCAGAGGAGAGAAGAGUGUUGCUAGAUGCAUCUAUAUCUGCUUUCUCAGUCCUGCACAGGUCCCUGCAACCUCAGAGCAGACACCCAGCUUGUGUUCCAGGCGUUUGCAGCCACUUGUGCCUCCUGUCACCUGUCCAUCCCAAGGGCUAUAAGUGUGUCUGCCCAGAGGGAAUGUUUCUUUUACCUUCUGGUACAUGCAGUGAGUUUAAACUUGUGAUUUCUUCUGGCAAACGUCUGUAUGUGCUAAAAGUAGGCUCUAUGGGAAGUGCUAUAGAGAAAACUCUAAUUCAAGAGCACCCCGGGAACAUCUAUUUGUUGGAUAUUGACUGGAAAAGGAACUUUAUCUAUUGGGCGAAUGCACAGGGACAUCUGGUCUACUCCAGUGGGUAUUCAGGUCAAAAACAAGAGCUUUGGACACAGCAUACAGUCUGCUCGGCAAAUGUGGACAUAGCAACAGGGACUGUGUACUGGCUACCCUGUGACCGAAGUGCCAUUUGGAAGACCAUAAUUCCUGGAGCAGACACACAAUCCCUCUAUCGCACAGGCGGCAUUAUAUUGCAGCUGCUUCUUGACUGGCCAAGGAGGGCACUAUACUGGGUGGAGAGUAGCAACCACUUGCAAAGUAUGACCCUCGAUGGCCAAAACAGACAGGUAGUGUGGAGAGGUACCUGGACGGCAGACAUCCAGAUGGCCUUAGACCUCAACUCAGCUAGCAUCCUUUGGACCAGCAAGGGGCUGGGGUUGCAAAGUCUCAGUCUCCUAAAAAAUAGAACUUACUCUUUGAACAAAUCCUGGAGUGAUGGGCUCAUAGCAGCUCACACACCCUACCUGGUGACCAUGGACAAGGCAGCUCUCGUGCUCUGGAACAGGAAGACUCUGGAACCCUUCUCCGUGCUGAAGGAGCCGCACAUAAGGAAAAUGGUCAUCUUAGCAGAGAACCAGGAAGUGCCAAGGGUCUUCCAGUGUCUGGAUGGAAGCAGAUGCAUAGAGGAGAAAUACCGCUGUGAUGGAGCCCAGCAGUGCCCUGAUGGGUCUGAUGAGGUGGCCUGCUGGAAACCCACUGAGGACUGUUCUCUGCAAUGUGAUGAGAAGACCCGCUGUAUCCCCAAGAGCUGGCUGUGUGAUGGGAACCUAGACUGCUCUGACAAAAAAGAUGAACAAGGAUGUAUUCAUGAAAACUGCAGCACAUCUGAAUUUAGAUGUAAGAGUGGCCAAUGCAUUUCCUACUCUCUGCACUGUGAUGGGUACCCAGACUGCCUGGACCACUCCGAUGAAGAAGGAUGUCCUGCUGCUUGGCCCUUGAGGUGCCCAGUGGGGGAAGUGAAGUGCCAGAGCAGUGGAGAAUGUGUAUUAGCAGAGUGGAUAUGUGACCAUGACCUAGACUGCAAAGAUGGAAGCGAUGAGAAGGACUGUGACCCCAAGGCACUCCGGUGUAGCCCAAGGCAGUGGGCCUGUGCCAGCCGAGACCAGUGUGUGCCUGACUUCUGGCACUGUGACGGGGAGAGGGACUGCAGGGAUGGCAGUGACGAGGCUGGAUGCCCCCCUCAGAAGUGCCGGGGUUCUGAGUUCCAGUGUGGCACCUCCGUCUGCCUCAACUUCAGCUUGGUGUGCGAUGGGAAGGAGGACUGUGCUGACAGCUCGGAUGAAGGUGGCAGGUGCCAACUAUCAGCAUGCAGCCCAGGACAGUGUCUGCAUACCUGCUACAUGUCCCCAGCUGGGCCUGUCUGUGCUUGUGAGCCAGGCUUCGAGCUGGAGAGCAGCGGCGGGAUCUGUGAGGACGUGGAUGAGUGCCAGGGGUUUGGUGGUCAGCCUUGCAGUCACACCUGUGUCAAUACCAAGGGCUCAUACACCUGCACCUGUCAUCCUGGCUACUCUCUGGAGCCUGACGGCCAUACUUGUAAGGCAACAGGUACUGAACCGAUCCUGCUUAUUGCAAUUCAAUCUAACUUAUUUCUCUAUGGAUUGAGAAGCUUGAAAGAAGAUAUUUUGGCAACUAUAGACAAGAAUCUGAUUAUUUUCUCUGUUGACUAUGACUUGGUGGAUCAGAAAGUCUUUUGGGCAGAUUUCAACGCAGAAAGUAUACAGUGGAUAAGUAUGGACACGACCAAGAAAGGCACUGUGGUGAAAGGGAUAAAGUCAGACUCUAUAGCAGUUGACUGGAUUGGAAGGAAUCUGUACUGGACUGAUGGGACAGCUGGUCAGAUUUUGGCCAUUCCAUUGACUGCUGUUUGGAGAGGAAAACUCGAGUACACAGUUGUCUUGGAGGAUGACUUGACUCAACCUAGGUCUUUGGCUUUGGAUCCUCUUAAUGGAUUAAUGUACUGGUCUGAAAUUGGAGACAAACCUCAAAUAGAGAAAGCUGGAAUGGAUGGAAGCAACCGCAAAAUACUCAUUGAUCAAGGUCUUGGACGGCCAACUAGCAUAGCUCUUGACCAGUUAAGCUGGAAGAUAUUCUGGUCUGAUGACAAAUUUCACAGCAUUGGUUCUGCCAACCUAGAUGGUACUGGCAUUCGUAUGUUGCAGCUAACACAAAUCAAGAACCCCUUUUCAGUCACUGUGUUUGAAGAUGAAGUCUUCUGGUCUGAGAUGAAGACAAGAACAGUACAGCGUGUGCAGAAGAUGACAGGCAAGAACCGGGCUGUCCUCAUCAAGCGUUCUGGACAGCCCUAUGGACUCAAGAUAAUGCAUGAAGUGCUACAGCCCAGGUCUUUGAAUCCUUGUCUGGACGCUGGAUGUUCUCACUUGUGCCUCCUGAGCCCACGAUCUGAGGGAAGCUGCCAUUGCCCGGUUGGCUGGUUGCUUGCAGAUGACGGCUUCAACUGUGUCCCCCUUCAGGAGUCUGCAUUUGUCUUCCUUGUAUCGCCCACAGUUAUCACACAGAUAUAUCUGAAAAAUCUCAAAGCUUUACCAAGACGAGCAACUUUACCAGAACAUAGAAUGUUUCCCUUUACCAGUGUGAACCAGCUUGCAUCAAUGGAUUAUCUUGUGCAGGAGAAGGCCCUGUACCUUUCUGAACUGAAUAAUGGUGAUAUCAGGCUACUGAAUCUUAAAGAAUCUGGGACACUUUCUUGGAAGAAGCUCAUAUCUGUGGAGGGGUCUGUACUCGACCUUGCUGUGGACUGGCUAAGUGGAAACAUAUAUUGGAUUGACAGUGAGAAUCCCCACAUUAAUGUAGCUUCCUCAAAAGGCCAGUAUCCCAUUGUCUUGCUCCGGGAAAAUCUUUCCCACCCAGCCUCUGUUGUUCUGCACCCACCUGCUGCAGCCAUGUGCUUCGUGGACCUGGGUCCCUGGAAUGAUGGGAGUCAUGGGUCCAGCAUCGAAUGUGCCGCCAUGGAUGGCGGUGAGAGAAAGGUACUAUGGCAGAAAUCCCAGGUGCCUGUGGGCCUGACCUUUUCAGAUUCAGGGGCUCGACUGUACUGGGCUGAUUCUGCACGAGGACUCAUAGAAAGCAUUCAACAAGAUGGCUCCAGACACAGAGUGGAACGCAGAGGAAUUCAGGGCCUUACCCUCUUCACAUGUGGUCAAGACAUGAUGUUCUGGACAACGGUUGAUGAUGCCCAAAUCACUAAAGUUUGGUAUAGCAAAAAAGAAGUUUCAGAAAGCUGGUGGUUCCAAAUUGACCAGAAGAUUGUGGACUUAAAAGUGUAUAGUGUAUUUAAGCAACAAGGUAAUAAUAGCUGCUCAAAGGACAAUGGAGGAUGUAGCCACAUCUGUUUACCAAAUCCCGAGGGUCAGACCUGCAAGUGUCCCAGGGGGUACUACUUGGCUGAUGCAAACAAAUGUACUGAAGCUGUCCAGUGUGCUGUACCAUCACAGUCCUGUAAGGAUGGUCAGAAAUGCAUUUCCAUGGAGCAAGUUUGUGAUGGCCAUAGUGACUGUCUUGAUGGAUCUGAUGAAAUGGACUGUAAAACCCACUCCACAGCAACACCUAAAAGGCGAGAAGCUGGAAAGAGUUUGGCGUUAAAAGCUACCCAAGCUCUCCAGACUACCGUGUCCACCACACUUGGAUACCCAGUUUUGGAAGAAACGAGAUAUCCUGUCAGAAAAACACUAACAACUGCAAUGCCUGCUGGACAGAGCAAGAUCCCAGAAAUCAAGGAAGGAGGAGAGUCUUUUCACCCCAAGGACUCACAGACCACGAAACACAGGCCAUGCAGCAGUGCGUUCUGUAAUGGGAGGCAAAUCUGUACAGUGGAAGGAAAGCUGAGAAAAUGCAGCUGUCUGACAGAUCAUGGCAGAGAGUUCUGUGAAGAGGCACACAGCUCUGUCCCUGGUUACAUAGCCCUCAGCAUAACCAUGGCUUUAUCAAUGAUUCUGGUAGCUCUGGGAACACUUACUUAUUGUAGAAGAGUACAUGAAUUAAAAAAAAGAUCAAGGAAGUUGGCUUGUGAUAAAGAACGUAACCAAGAAGAGGAAAAUCUAAUGAAUAGUGAAAUUUUUGUCAAUGAAGCCUAUGAUGAACAGGAAUUGCUAACGUCUUUGCGAACAGACUAACCUUAUGAACAAGAAGCUGAACUAUUCCAAUAAAAUUGUUUAUAUAUUU